AUGAUAAUGAUGAGAAAUGAUGAUGAAAAUGUAAAACUGAUCAUUCUUGAUUUUUCAAAUUCCUCUUCUUCUUUUGGUGAAAAUUAUGAACUCAGUAAUCUUCGGAGAUUAGAAUCAUUAUUGAAAAAGAAAUUCUCAAUGCAACAAGAAGGGAAGAAGAAAUGGUUAUGGAACCGAGAAUUGAAAUAUAAACAUUUCUUUCCUGUUGAGUUUAUGAAUGACAAGGAAUUUGUUUUGAAUCACAUCAAAAAGUAUGGUUAUGGAUUGGAAUAUGCAUCCACAUAUUUACAACAAGAUCGAGAGUUUGUGAUGAGAGUGAUUCACUUAAACGGACAGGAAUUUUUCAAUGCUUCCAAUUUUCACAACGAUAAAGAAAUGGUAUUGGAAUCAGCAAAACAUAGCCCUAUUGCAUGGACAUGUGUUCCGUUAAAAUUGAUCCAAUCUGACAAUGAAUUUGUUUUAGAGAUUGUUAGACAGAAUGGCUUGGCUUUACAGUUCUUAAAUGAUGAAAUUAGACAAGAAAGAGGCAGAGAAAUUGUUUUAACUGCUGUCAAGCAAAAUGGUGAAGCACUGAAAUAUGUAGAUGAUAAUUUGAGAUUAGACAAGGAAAUUGUAUUGGAAGCAAUCAAACAAAAUAAGAAGGCUCUUCAAUUCAUUUCAAAAGAUUUAUUGAAAGAUUGUGAAUUCAUGUUGACAAUUCUCAAAUUAAUAUUUCCAGAAUUUUCUCAUUUAAAUUCUUUUGAUUAUUCACAAAAAGAUAUCGUGAUGAAACUUGUUCAAGAGAAUGGACGGAUACUUGAAUUUGCAAGUGAUGAUUUGAAGAAUGAUCGAGAAAUUACAUUGAUGGCUGUUCAACAGCGUGGCUUUGCAUUGGAAUAUGUCUCUGAUGAAUUGAAGAGAGACAAACAAGUUGUGUUAAAUGCUGUCAAUCAAGAUGGAUAUUCUCUUUUAUUUGCAUCUGAUGAAUUGAAGAAUGAUAAACAGGUCGUAUUGACAGCAGUAAGAAAAACAGGCCUUUCUCUUCAAUUUGCAUCGGAUGAAUUGAAGAAGGACAAGGAAGCGGUAUUGGCAGCUGUUACACAAAAUGGUAAUGCUCUCGAGUUUGUGAGUGAAAUGAUGAAAAGUGAUCAAGAAAUUGUAUUAGAAGCGAUCAAACAUGGUGCUACUGUGAUGCAUGUUUCUAAAGAUCUUUUAAACGACAAGCAAUUCUUGUUAGAAGUUGUAAAGUGUGGACAUGAUAACUUUCUCGAUCACACUCCGACACUGGAAAUGGCGUUUGACAAAGAAUUUAUAUUACAAGCAAUCAAACUGAACAGUCUUUCCAUUGUAGGGUCUUUUAACAAUUACCAUGUCGUCUCUGAUAAGGAAUUUAUGCUAGAAGCAGUGAGGAAUAAUGGAUUUGCAUUGAAGUUUGCAAGCGACGACUUACAAAAAGAUCCUGAGCUUGUGAUGGAAGCUCUCCAACGCAAUGGUUAUGUGUUGGAGUAUAAUAAGGAAUUGCUGCAAAAAAGGAUGGAGCAAUGUUAUCAUGGUGCUUAUUUAGGACCCAUUAAACAUUGA